UCUGCUAUGGGGCCCUGCCCAAAUAUUUGCCUAACACAUGUGUCAGAAGGUCCGAGGCAUGCCGACUCAUGAAGAAAAUAUAGGAUGUAAAGGGCAGAUGUUUUGGUGUUUGCUCUAAACAUAAUUAAACGCUAGAUAUACACCAACUAAGGUAUUGACCCCCAUCAACAUGUCAGCCAUGGGGUUGAGUGGACCUAUCUACACUGUCCAUCAGGUCCCGGAACAUUUCAAAGAACAUUUCAUCAUCCGCGGUUACCGUCACCCAAAGAGCACUGCAAAACAAUGUCUUCUCAGUGUCUUCGAUGCCACCAACGAAACUCUCAAUUUCUGGACACAUUUCCUACCCUCCUGCUACUUUCUUUGGGUGCUAAAGGGUUUGUCAGACACCCUGGACUUCAAACAUGAUCCGUACACGUGGCCGCUACUUGCAUACAUGUUUGUGGCUGUGAUAUUUCCCCUGGCUAGCGCUACGGCCCAUACAUUCAACACUAUGUCUGAUGAGAUGCGCCAUUUUUGUUUUUUUCUCGACUACGGUGCUGUGAGCAUUUUCUCACUAGGUGGUGCUAUUGCAUAUCGUGCGUAUUCUUUCCCGUCAGCAUUGAUAGAUACAUGGUUCAGCCAUAAUUUCAUCUUCAUUGCUACGAUGAUUUCCAUGAUUGCUGUUGUGCUUUCCUGUCAGACAAGGUUUAUGAAAAGGAGCUAUUUGCGAAACUUUAUACGACUUGGAUCAUUCGGCUUUUCGUACCUUUUUGAUUCCAUUCCAAUAAUGUACCGCCUGAUGUUUUGUUCUCCGGACGAAUGUGCCCUACCUUCGCAGUCCCAGCAUGCAAGGCAGUUUAUAUUUGCUUUUAGUGCUGCAAUUUUUUUUGCAACACAUUUUCCGGAGAGAUUUUAUCCUGCGAAAUUUGAUAUUUUUGGCCACAGCCACCAACUCUUCCAUGUGGCUUCGAUUCUGGGUACCAUGGACCAAAUGCAAGCCAUUCUUCAUGAUAUGGUAGACCGGCGUGAUAUACUUCAGGGAAGUUGGUGGUUUCCAUCUCUAGGGGGCAGUGUUGGGGUCAUUACCGCUGUUAUGGCUAUCAACACAUGCACAAUUGCCUUGUUUUCGUUUCGAUUAAGAAAAUUUGUCAAAUCAUCGAAAUCUUCUUGAUCAUCAUUCCAUUAUAAACUGCCAAAUGUCAAAAAUGCAAAAUUGUGAUAAAUAUAUAUAUUUUAUUCCAUUUGUAUAUCUCAGAUAUAUUUCCAAUUUAAUAUUGUAGUUUUAUUUUAUACCAAUUCAGAUGGUGAUAUAUCUAAAAUGUCUGUUGUAUUUAGUCCAUUCAGACUUUAAAAGAAGUGUAAUAUGUUGAUGUGCUACAACGGACAAAGUUUGAACGGUUUGUACUGAUUCUGAAUCUCGUAUCUAUGUUUAAUUGAUUUUGGUAAUGAUUUUAAGAAAUUAUUUUAGUUGUUGAUAAACAGAUGCUUAUAAAUAAAUAUCCUUAACAGUGCUUGCAUGAAUCAAGUGUACAGUAAACCUAUCUGCAUAUGAUCUAAUAUGUGGAAUAUGUUUGCUGAAUAGUAAUGGAUAAAAAGGUUCAUUACUGGUGAUGAUGCAUUUUGUUUUAUAAACAAACCCAUUAUUUUUGCAUAUUUAUUUUCUGCUGUGUUAAGAAAAUCGGUGUUAAAGAUUCCUAUUAUAAUUAAAAUGUCAUAUUUACAUGUAUAUCUUUUGAAUAUUUUCAAAUAUUCAAAUUGUCAUAUUUUUCUAUACCAAUGCAACCAUUAACCGUCGGACAUGACUGUUAGUGUAGGGACGUAGCUUUUCCACAAUGGCGCUCUAUUCUCAUAUAACUACUGUAAAAAUUUACGAUAUACAUACUGUGCUUUUCCAUCCCCUUAAUUCUCCCAUUCUUAUAAGGAUGUUCCUAAAAGGUGCCUCUAUCUCAGCAUUUAUUUAUACAUGCCAGCCUCAUUGUGUAUGAAAAACAGUUUCUUUAUAUCCUGAUCAAAUAUUCAUUCAUUUUCCAAGCAACCUAAAAUUUUAUUAUUUUAUAACUUGGUCAAAAAAUUGAUAUUAAUUUAUGCUUUUCAUACCACAAUGUAAGUGUGAUAUUUACUAGAUAAAAUUGUUAACAUUGUAACUACAUUAAAUUGUUACAACACAACAUUGUUACUACAUUAAAUUGUUGCAACACAACAUUGUUACUACAUUAAAUUGUUAUAACACAACAUUGUUACUACAUUAAAUUGUUACAACACAACAUUGUUACUACAUUAAAUUGUCACAACACAACAUUGCUACUACAUUAAAUUGUCACAACACAACAUUGUUACUACAUUAAAUUGUUACAACACAACAUUGUUACUACAUUAAAUUGUUAUAACACAACAUUGUUACUACAUUAAAUUGUCACAACACAACAUUGUUACUACAUUAAAUUGUUAUAACACAACAUUGUUACUACAUUAAAUUGUCACAACACAACAUUGUUACUACAUUAAAUUGUUACAACACAACAUUGUUACUACAUUAAAUUGUUACAACACAACAUUGUUACUUAUACACAGUUAUGAUUCUAUGCAACUUAAUUACAGUUCUGUGUUACCAUAUUGUUACAAUAUAACUUUGUUUCUACAUAGCAAUGUUACUGUAAAACUUCAUGAUCAGAUAUAAUUGCUAUGCUGACUGGAGUGUAUAUGUCAUGAAAAUCUCUUUUGAUUUAUAGAACAUUGGAAUUAUGAUCUGUUUAUUUUGAAUGGCACUUUUGCAACUUGGUAUUUAUACAGUGGGAAUUUUGUAAUAUCCAUGGCUAACAAAUUAAGAAUUUACAUUCAUUUUUUCAUGCCGUGACGUUCUUCUGAACGUUCUUUUCAUGAUUUACUCAAAUAAAAUGGCAUGUUUUCUGAGUUUCUAUCGCAUGGAAUAUAUUGUGUAGCUAGGAUUAUCAGGAGAUGAAGUUAACAUGCCGAAAAAAACAUUUCUAUGUCACAAAGGAGUUUUCGGAACUUUUUGGUUACAUAAUCCGAUAAAUACAAUAUCUAUGUUUUGUUUUUAUGAGCCAUUUUGUCUUUUUCUUUCACAUUUCAUGCCUUCACUUUGACUCUGAGAGAAAUUUAACAAAAAACAAUAGCAUUUAAUUGAUGAGGAAUACAAAUCCUCUUCAUGUUUAUUUUCUUCUUGUAUGUACAUCAAAAUUAAUUUGUCUCAAACCUUUGUGCAAAGUAUACAUGUGUUUCUCCGGUUAUCACCAAACCUGAUGCCAUUUUUCAGUCCUUGAUAUGAACAUAGUUAGUAAACUUGAAUGAUUAUAUUUUUUUUUACAUUGAUCAUUUUCACUCAUAGGAUAUUUUGUAUAGACAUAUUUUGAACAUUUUGCCAAAAUGUUUUUGCGUUACCUUCCCAGAAUGCAUUUCAUAUAUCAUACCUCAUUCUUAAUACGUAAACUCCAGAGAGAACUGUCACUUUCACUUUGUACCCUUGGAAUAUUUCAUUACAAAAUCGAAGACCAACUCACCACCAUCUUUUGGAUAAAAUAGAAAGCGACUAGUUUGAUCUUUUUAUACACACGAAACAAAUUUCAAGGUCGCAAUAUUUGAAAUGGAAAAAAAAAAGAAAUAAUAUAAAAAAAAAAUGUCUGUCAUUGAACUUUGUUGUCGCUCCUCUGUAAUGUUCAAAAGAAAUGUAUUAGCUUAAAGAUUGGUCAUGAUACCCAAAUGAAUAACUAGUUGGGUGAGACUUUAUCACUAGUCCUCCACCUCUGGGUUGCGAGUUCGAAACCCACAUGGGGCAGUUGCCUGGUACUGACCAUAGACCGGUGGUUUUUCUCCGGGUACUCUGACUUUCCUCCACCUCCAAAAUCAGACUUGUCCUUAAAUGACCCUGGCUGUUAAUAGGACAAUAAACCAAACUAUGAAAUAUUCCAGGGGUACAGAGAGUGAAAUUUAGCACUAGCCCUGGAGUUGUGAGGAUGAUCAUAUCUAUACUCGUUGGAUUUGUUUGUGGCCUAUUUACAAGCCAUUUUGUUAUCAAACAGUUAACAGGUAGAUACCUGUGGUAUAUUUUGUCAAAGUGUUUUACAUCUCAUCAUCAAGCAAUUUACUUUUUUAUUGUAAUCUUGAACAACAUCGAAUCAUAUACAUGUACAUGUAUAUAUACAUAACUAUUGGUUACGUAGCUCUUUUCAAAAUUCUUAGUUAAGCUCAGAAGAGUUACUCCCCUUUAUUCUGACUUUAUAUAUUGCAAGUGCAAAUAUUGAUAAAUUAAUUAAGAUAAGGAAAAAACAAAAAAAAGGAAAAUUAAAGGGCAAUAACAUCAGCACUGUAUAUUCAUGUACUAUAAAUGAAAACAAGGAAACAAAAUGACUUUACAUAUUUCCAAUUUCAGCUCUUACAAAUAUCAUGAACAGGAUGACAUGGCUAAAAGGAAUAUUUUUUUUAUUUUGACAUUUAAAAAAAACCCAGAUGUCCUAUAAAGCAGCCUUUGUUGAUGAGUACACAAAGAAAUAUUGUAUUGUACUUUGAAAAUGUAGAUGAGGAAAAAAGAACAAUUUUGCCGGCUGCCUUGUAUAGAUUUCUGAUUUUGUGACCUUAUCGUUUUCUAGAUAUACUGUAACAUUCUGUGCCUUCUUCCAUUUUAUACUUAUUUACAUAUCUGAAGUAUAAAAAACUUCACAUUGUUGACAGCCCUAACAUCAUGAUCAUGAUCAUCUGUUAUUAGUUAAUAGACCAACACAAUAUUUAACAAAAGUAGGGGGCGUGCUUUGUGUAGGACAAUGAAAGUAUUUUGUAUUAUUUUUACUAAACUGCAAUAAAUAUGGAUAGGCUUAUUACUGGAUCAAUGUAGAACAGUUUUUUUUCAGUCAAAGUUUACAAUUAAAAUUGAUCUCCUUGUGCAGAGAAAAAAAAAUGUAAAACUAAAGAAACGUAUGUAUCUGUGUUUGUUUUAAUGUUGAUAAAUUGAUGUCAUAUUUCUGUUAAAAGUUGAAUAAAAAAUCACUCAAUUUACCUUCCUUUGUGAAAGUUAUUCUAUAGAUAGAGAUCUUUAUUAUAUAUAGUAGCAACGGAAAGGUAUUCUAUUAAAUGAAAGACUGGAAAUAUAUUUAACAUCAGGGUAAUUAUAAUGCUUUUUCAGUGUGAACUCACUAUGGAAAUGCACAGGGACUUGGCAAAAAUUUCCUAACUACAGUCAGGAUGUGUAUUGUUAUAUAAUGGAGAGUGGGGUUCGGAAUUUGGGCCAAUUCCCUGUGUUAAAGAAUAUCUAUACCUGUAAAUGAUAUUGGGUCCUGUUAUAAUAUAUUUACAGAACCAACAUCUAAUACCUGUAAUACAAAAGGAAGUUUAUAGAUAAUCUAGACAUACCAGCCAUCAGGAAAUACAUGUAAUAUGAUUAUAGUUUAUAUAAACAAAUCUGCAAUUGUUCUUUUUUGUUUUUGUUUUUAACUCUGUAUAUAUGUUAAUAUUCCAUUUUUUACACGAUAUAAGUGCUUGAUUAAUUAUAAUAACAUGUAUGUGUAAUGAUAUGUUACAAGAAUGAGGGCAUAGGAACAUGGCACAAGUUCACAAAACUUGUGCAAAGUUUGUGUGUAGUAACAGUAUGAGCCCAUAAUUUGGUUAUAUGAUAGAAAUUCCUUUCAGAAAUAGAAAUGAUGAAAUACCAAAUACAUUAGAAUGUAUUGUUUUUCUGAUGACAACUUAUAUAUACUCUUAAAAAUAUUUGUUUUUUAAAUAUUUUUCAUAAAAAUAGUGCAAUUAUAUGUGAAAUUUGAAAAUGUAGCAUCCUUGUGAUUUUCUUUUAUUUAUUUCCUAUUGAAAAAGUUUUGUGUGGGAAUGAUAUCAAAACGCAUCUAAGAGAGUAUACUGGUAAUCAUGUUAUCAAAGGGAGAUAAUUAACCAACGACAGAAGUGUUAUCAAAGAGAGAUAAUUAACCGACAGAGGUGUUAUCAAAGGGAGAUAAUGAACCGACAGAGGUGUUAUUAAAGGGAGAUAAUGACCCGACAGAGGUGUUAUCAAAGAGAGAUAAUUAACCGACAGAGGUGUUAUCAAAGGGAGAUUAUGAACAGACAGAGGUGUUAUUAAAGGGAGAUAAUGAACCGACAGAGGUCUUAUCAAAGGGAGAUAAUGAACCGACAGAGGUGUUAUUAAAGGGAGAUAAUGAACCGACAGAGGUGUUAUUAAAGGGAGAUAAUGAACCGACAGAGGUGUUAUUAAAGGGAGAUAAUUACCGACAACAUAGCCAUCAAUGUAAACUAUAAAAAUUACCAGGUUUAGUGUAAUCUGCACCUUGCACAUAUAGGAACAUGAAUGUCCACCUGGUUCACACUUUGUAUUUCGGAGAAAAUAGGAAGACUGUAGAAUAUUAUAUUUUAAUCAAAAUGUUGGUUUAAUAUUUACAAUGUAAUGUAAGAUUUUCUCAGUGAAGGAUUGGGAUUCAUUGAAAAGCUAAGUAUAAGGGGUACUUAUAAUGAGAGUCAGUGAGUCUCUGGAAUCAUUUUAUUUUAAUGUGUUAAUUCAUGAAUAUGUUACAAUGUGCUAUAUUUCCAUGUAGUUAUUCUUUUUUUUUUAAUUAAAGAAAAAUUUAUCUGAUGAAAAUAUAUUUCAGAGAAAUCUGCUUCAAGCUCAUCAUAUGACAAAUGUUUAGAUAACUGCAAUCGACCAAUGAAACACAACAGUAUGAGUGGUGGCGCUGCACAAUUUAUUAGUUAGAAAAUUCACAAAAAUAAUAUGAUCAUUUAUUUAUCAUUUAUUAUUUUUUUACUAGCUAAGAUGUUCAAUGUUUAUAUGUUUUAUAUACAUUUUUUACAAUCUAUGUGUUUCUUCUGGGUUUUUUUUGUCAAACCAAAUCACCACUGAUCUUAAGACUUUUUUCACACAUUGACUACCAGUAACAAAAAUUUCAUUUUUUUUUUUUUUUUUUUUUUCAUUUUUUUUUAAAGAGUGGUUAAUUGGUCAUGUACCAAACAUCCAAUUCAUGUUUAUUAAAAGCAUUUUAUUCCACAAUCUCUCUAUUCUCUUGGCUAAAAUUGACUGUGUCUUCUGAUCAUUCCAUAAACAAUCUGUUUUGUCCACAUGUGGUGAUCAAUAAGGUUUUUUUUUCUUUUCUUUUUUUUUUUAAACAAAAGAAAACUUGAAAAUAAACUUUUUUUUUUUUUUUAAGAAUCUGAGAUUAAUUAUUUUAUGACCAUCAUGUUAUCUUUCCUAGUUCUAAUUAGUUAUGUAACAAAAAAUUAAAAUGCUUUAUUAGUGUAUCUUUUGAAUGUUUUCAGAUAUUUCCUUUGAAAAAACCUGUUUGUAUUUACACAAUCAAUAUGAGAGGAAAUUUCAAUCUUGUGGAUUAACAAAAAUUCAUGUAUUAAAAUUCAGCUGUAGAACUAUAAUUAUUGAUGGAAUUAGGAAUAUCUAUAUGACAUCCAAAUUAAUACAAACCAUCGUGAAUUUUAAAGAACUGAACCCAACUGAUUUUGCGUUUGAGCAAUAUUAAUGUGUUAAAUUUGUUAUGAUUUAUUUUAUCUUGAGGUACUAAUAAACUACAACAACAUCACAGUUAA